GUUUUGCUUCUCUUACUAGAAUUGUUCCUCACUUCUCUCUCUAAAAGGAAGGGUUCUCACUUGGGUGUCGGAGUGCUAACGGACCAAACCAGUCCGCUAGGGGCUUAUGUGUGCAAGCAGACGAACAAAGAGAAGCGUGUUGGAGGUCGGAGCGCGGAGCGGAGGAGGAAGGCUUCUGGGCAUAAACAUAAAAUAAAAAACUCAUCCUUACCUCUUUUUAGUUUCUAAUUACCGAGAUCAAUUGUCACAUCCCCUUUUCUUUUAUCCUUUAGUUUACUUGCUCUUGAAGUUGGUAUUGACUUUACUUGUUGCAAUUGCAAGGCGUGAAAAAGCAUUUUCAGCUAUGAAGAUAAUCAAGAAUGAACUUCGAAAUUGGAGUGACCAAUUUAUGAAUGAUUGUUUAGUUGUGUAUAUCAAAAAGGAUUUGUUUCGCAACAUAAGUGAUGAAUGUAUUUUACAGAUAUUUCAGGUCAUGAAAAGUCAUCGUGGUUCGUUGUAUAUAUGACAUUAUGAGCUUUAUGAAUUAAUUUCUAGUAAUUUCUAUUUAGUUUUACUAAAUUUUUUAAUUAUUAUUUUAUUUCAUCAGCGACACACCUCUCCGGUAAUUCUGGGUCCGCCACUGCCUGUGGAGAUGGGACCUCUAACCAUUCAUUUGCUACUGUGUGACAAGGGAUAGAGAAAAUUGAACCCCUUGUCGACGGCAAUGGAGAGAGGAAUUGAAUGUGUUCCUUUUUUUGACAUGCGAUAAUAAACUAGAGCUAUUUUGUCUUCGCACAAUAUGAUACAAAAUCCCACAUUCAUAAACAAACAAGUAAUUUUGUCCAAAUAACUCAUCUAAAUUAGUUGGAUUUUAAGCGUGAGAAUUUGCCCUAAGACCCAAAUUAUUGAUCGAAACGAUCCAAAGAGAAUAAUUUGUUGCCAAUACACAAUACAUAUAAUGAUUUAUUUAUGAGCACAUAGUGAAAACGUUGGGGGGCAAACUACAGAGAGUGCAAUCCACUAAUCCUACGGUCCUAUGGGCCAUGUUAUAAUUGAGUGGGCUAGCGAAAACGGGCCAUUACAGAUAACAACAGCCCAUACCUUAAUUGGCCCAUUCAAUUAUAUGCCUCUUACCCUCCAAAAACUGGCUCACAAGUCACAGGUCGAGUACUGUACAGCGAAGCAGCGAGAACCAAUUUAUCUCCCCCCGGAGCUGCUGACCGAAGGUUUCCCGGUGAAGACAUUUAAAAGUAGGAGUUUGAUUCCCUACUCCUCCCAUCUCCCAAAUUUCCAACUUUUCCCCAAACAACGAUCGCUUCUUGGCUGGGCUCCUCUGUCCGGCUAGCACGCCGAAAUGCAGAACGUGCUGAAUCUCAAAUUCGAUACUCUGCCCUCACAGCAACACCAUGGGUUCUUCGAAAUUUCAGCAACGAGUCGCCCUUCACCGCUACUUUUGUCCCGAACCCAGAUUCACCUCCCAGUUAUUUGUGCAAGGAAGGCCAAGAGGGUAUCUGGGCAUCAGAAGGUAGCCGAGAUUUUGCCCAAAUUGGCCUUCUCCAUGGCUUCCAACCUCAGCUUGCUGCCCGAACCGCUGAGUCUGAUUCUGGCGGAACUCAGCACUUCUGGGUGUGGAGGUGGAGGUGGGUCCAGGUCUUGGAAGGGUUUUGGCGGCGGCAGCGGAGAAGGAUGGGGUAGAAGAAAGAGAGGGAAGGGGAACUUUGUGAUUCUGUUAGGCUUGCUUCUAGCUUCCGGAGUUGCCAUUUUGUUGUUUUCCUCUGGCAAAGCAGACAAAGAUUUGAUCAUUGGAGUUCUGGCUUCGGCCUUAAUUUCAGCAGUUUUGCUUGAAGGGUUUGGUAGAGGCGCCAGGGAUUGUCUUCUAGGGUUCUGCAUUUUUGGCGUUGGAGUUACUUUGGGCUCGAGAAGAGACGAUUUGCAGAAACUGGCGCAGAAGCAGGGGUUCACUUGCCCUUCAGUUUUGCACCUUGCUAAGGGAAGAGGAAUAAUAAGAAGAAGACGCACUUCAAAACUUUGGUAACUUACCAUAGCUACAACUGUUUUCUAUUAGGUUUCAUGCUGUUUUUGGUGUGAUUGUCUUGCAAUUUUGGAGAUGAGUUCUGGUUUGUAAUUCUUUCAUCAGUUGGAGAUUAAUGAUACGACAAAACAGGCAUUGAACAAAGCAAAUCCUGAAGC